AUGGCCAACCAAGAACUCAUCGUGGACUUCAACACAGGUGUGGCACUGCGGUAUCCGUCAUUUUGGCUGAGAGAUCAUUGUCCCUGCCCGGAAUGCCAACAUCCAAGCACCCAUCAGCGACAACUCGACACUUUUGCCAUCGAUCCGGAGGUGAAGGUCUCGAGUGUACAGUCCACACCAGAGGGACUGGAAGUCACUUGGCCAGCCACGGCGACGACAGACUCGGCAUCUGCGAGCGGUGAUGGCGUAUCUGGUACUGACGGGCAAGGGAGACACCGAAGCGUGUACCCGUGGGAAUGGCUACAGACCCAUCCCCCCUUUAUACAAGCCAGCAACAAGGCUGCUGCGCCGGCCGUUCCUAAGAGAAACUGGACGCACGUCUCUCCUUCGUCGACAUCACUACCUCGGGUACCCUUCCCGUCAAUCAUGGACAACUCGUCCACGUCCGGCCUGGCCCAGUUUCUCGAGUCCAUCCACACCUACGGUCUGUGCUUUAUCCCUUCCACGCCACCCACCCCGAGCGCGACGCAAUCCCUCGUUGAACGCAUCUCGCACAUCCGACCCACACAUUACGGCGGCUUCUGGGACUUCACCUCGGAGCCCAACCCGAUCGACACGGCGUACACCGACGACUAUUUGCCACCCCACACCGACACGACCUACUUCACCGACCCGGCGGGGCUGCAGCUCUUCCACUGCCUCACCCCCGCCGACAAGGGCGGCGAGUCGACCUUCGUAGACGGCUUCGCCGCCGCCACGCACCUGUACGAGAAAUUCCCCCAACACUACCGCGCGCUGAGCACGUACCCGGUGACAUCGGCCGCGCUGGGCUCGUCAGCCGGGGAAUUCUACAACACGGCCAGCUCGGUCCAGGGCUACCCCGUGCUCGUGCACUCGUCGCCGCCAGGCCCCCCGCAGCACCAAGGUGCGAGCCCGACCUCUCUGGUCCAGAUCCGAUGGAACAACCUCGACCGGGUGCCGCCGACGUCGACGUCGACGCCGCCGCCGUUCCCUAACCACACGGCCUUGAAGGCGUGGUACGCGGCCGCGCGCGAGUGGAGCCGCAUCCUCGAGAGCCCCGAGUUCCUCAUCACCGUGAUGCUGCGGCCCGGCGAGCCCGUCAUCUUCGACAACUGGCGCGUCCUGCACGGCCGGCUCGGCUUCGAGGGCAAGCGGCGCAUCUGCGGCGCGUACGUCGGCAUGGACGAUUUCCGCGCCAAGUGCAGAGGUCUGGGAGUCGUUGAUGUGUAG